UUAUGAAGUGCACUGCAGUCUAUUCAAAAAUGAGGGGAAAAAAUGGAUCAAAGAAAAGCAAACAAGACGAGCAGCGAAGAGUAUCCCCGUUGUCCCGAUGAUCAAGUACUGUACUCGAAGAUAUUGCGUCUGACGGCGACACGAUUUACAGCGGCAACAUCUUCAAAGGCUUCUUCCCUCACUCACUGUAAUCCCGCCGCGCUCGCGCAGCAGGCGGAGUCGUGACGGAGGGCAGUGCGUCACUCGGCCAUCUGCUCCGAGCGGGACCGCAGCCUGUGUAAGUAGCGCAUCUUUAUCACCGCUGCAACGGCGCGUACGCGUUAUUAUUAUUACUAUUAUAUAUAUUUUUUUAUUUAUUCCUCAAUCACACGCGUGCCUCUUGAUGGCAUCGAGGACGAGGCCGCGCGCGCGGAGCCACGCGCUGUCCUGUCGGGCGAUGCGGGUUUUACGUCGAAGAGACACACACUCUCUGCGCGCUGUUAAAGCUCCAGCGCUGCGCAAGCACCGUACGUGAGCGCUCAGCACCGCCGAGGCGCUAAAUGUCAGGUUGUUGAGCAGCUAUUGGACUAAAUGUCGCCGGCGUGGUGUCAGGUGACACCGCGGGUUGCGCGAACCGCCGGGCAUCGCGCAGGUAGAACGAACCGCUGUUGACACGUACAGGACGAGGACGCCAUUGCUGCACGGGAUUUUUCGCAAGGGCUAAUCACAGAGCACAAGGUCGAGUAAUUAGUGUGAAGGGGAAAUGGUAACGAAGAAGAUCAGGUCGGAGUACAUGAAGAAGUUCAAAGAUCCCAAGUGGGAGACGUACACAAAGUGUUACGAGGACUCGCUGAGGUACAGGCUCACCAGGAGGCUGCUGGAGCAGAGCCAUAGGCCAUGGUUCUGGGACGGCUGCGAGAGCGACUCGGAGUCGAGCGGCAGGUCCACGCCGCAGGAGAAGAGGAGAGCUGGCGCAGUGAAAACUAAAGAGGAAACUCAGCCGGUUUCCGAGAAGCUGCCUGAUCAGCGAGAGGAAGAAAAGCAGCCCAAGGAGGCGGCGGAAUCGAAAGCCGCGGCCGCCGAAGCAGAAGAACCGCAUGCAGGACUUGCGGCGUUGAAGACGCCACACACAGGUGAAAAGGAAAACGAAAGCAAGGACGUAAGAGACACAAGUAAAGAGGGCGAGCCGAGUCAAAAAGAGGGGUCCGGUGCUGCCCAAGCGGAGGCAGAACGGAAAGACUCAGCCUCUGCCCCCGCUGCACUCCAGCAGUAUCGCUCCCGAAAAUCAACCCGAGCCAAGAGCCAGCCCCGGGAGGCCACAGACACAGACAAGGAGAACAGGCAUCCUUUUGCCUUGUAUGGGAGUGGCGAGAAGCAGGCGGAGAUGGCUGCCAAAAGGACCCACAAUGUGCUGCCAUGCGCUUCCACCAAGGAGAUUCACCCGUCGGCUUUGCGCGCCAAGACUAGGAGGGAGGUGGAGAAACAGCUGAAGACCCUGAAUCGCCGCCGCGCGCGCUCGGCCGACCUCGAGAAAGCGCACAAGACGAAACUCGUCCCGGACUACGACCCCUGGAUGACCGAAUACAUGCGCUGCUUCUCGGCCAGGUCCCGAUAGGACGGAAGACAAGGGGGCGGGGCCACACCUACAUCACCUGACACAUUCCUAACCAAUCAGGGCUUUGAAUUCUAGCCAGGUGGGUUGCUGGUGUUUGCAUCGCAGGGAUCUGAUCCUGAUCUUUCACAGGUGCGAGAACAGAGCCAUCGACAACUUUUUCACAGAUGGAGAAUUCAAGAACUCUUUCUCUGUUAAAGAGAUGCUGCUUUUCAACAGCCUGCUUUCAGCCAUUCCAAAGCUUUUUACUGUGAAAAUCGUGAUCAAAUAUGAAUUCAAAUACAAGAUUCCCCCCUGACGUAAUUCCAUUAAGCGUUUCGCCGAAAUUAUAGUACAAAUAGUUUAAAAAUGACCUCCCAGUACUAUUAUAUUACAAGUAUCCAUUACAGAACGUUAGCAAAAUUCUGACGGACUAGAUUCUCAGAUGGGUUUAAUUUAUUAUUAUUAUUAUUAUUAUUAAUAAUAAUAAUAAUAUUAUUUACGGUGCAUUUGUACACAUACAUGGGCUGUUCCACUGUUUUCGUAUUUGCGUGAAACAUGCCUUGUAUUUUUAUGAACCGUUUUUCGAUGGCACGACAAGUACUCAUUAAUUCAGGUAAAGUAACAAACGCGUAGAUGCAUAUAUUGAAAUAAUACUGGGAAGUUCGGGAAGGACCGCUUUCAAAAUGUUCGUAACAUUUAGGGAAAACUUGCAGCAAGCUUUUUAUUUUAACUGUAUUAACUGGAACAGGCGGGUGAAAAGUGGCUGCGGAUGUCUGUAACGCGGAAUCAUGUACAUAUGUUGCACAUUCUCUACUUGGGAACAGACAAUCAAUCGGACGUGAUUUCCAUCCACCCUCAAGAAAAUGGCCUGCUGUUAUGGUAUAGGCCACGCAAUCCCAUUUUAUUAAAAGCCAUACACACUAGAGGCUUCAUUUUAUGUUAUAGUCAUUCUUUAGAUUAUUGAUCUAAAUAAAAGUCUAAAAUCUGUUCAUUGGUAAGAUAUUUUUGCAGAGCAACUCGCAAGCAGCACCGUUUACGCAGUUAUAAUUCUAAAUUAGAUGUACAGAGUUUUAAACGCAGUUACUCACCCCUGUGGGUUUUUAACCUAAAUUCCUCCUAUAGUGUGUUUAUAAGUGCUAUUGGAGAGGUGCUACUUCUUAAUAUUGGGGCUUUUUACCUUUGUUUGCCGUUUUGCUUUGGCUUUGCGAAAUAACCCCUAUCGAGUUUGCAGAUGAAGUACUUUCUAACAUUUGACACUGCUGUUAGUGUAUCUCGUUGUAUGCGUAUUUUUUUGUAAAAUCUUGUCAAAUCUGUAUUAUACUAUUUAUUGUCCUUGAGCCAUUUGCAGGAUAUGGUUAAAAGUUGUGGUGUGUCGUCUAUAUCUGAACUAAUACGAGUUUGCUUAAUUAUCAUACUUUUCCCCAAUAUGUUUUACACUUUUUACAUUCAGCGUUUAUUAAUGUGACUUACGGCAGUAUUAUUUUCUUCGAAAACUUGAAAUCAUAUCCUGGAUACUUCAGAAUUUUUUCUUUUAUUUAUUUAUUUUUUUUUUCUGAGUCCCAAAAUAGCAAACAUAUGGUAUUUCGUUAUUUCAAAGACAGUUCAACCUUGGUCCGAUUCACAUUCCAGAGGCAUAUUAAGGUUUUGAAGGGAUUCCCGUAGGUUGGUAUUUAUUUGUGUGAUCUGGCUGUUUGCUCAGCGACAGAAGCAUGCAGUACUGAGUGUCACGGUGAGAAAUUCACCUUAAUUCUUAAGCACCAGCAAAAACUGUAGACUGACCUCACACACUUGUGCUCACACAAUUUCUUAAGAGUGACUUUUAAAAGUAGUGUGCCGUGCCUCGAUAUCAUGCCUCCGGUCCUCCCAUUUCCUUCGAGUUUCUACAAAGCAACCUUUCCAGAAGUUGCUGAGAAACUCAUGUUGGCUCCCACUUAGGUGUGUAACCGAAACAUAACCGCUUAUGACCAAACUCAUACUUUUGUGAUAAAGCGGAGGGGGUCAGCAUGUUCGCAUAGAUGACGUGGAGUUGUGAAAAGGCCUUCAAAUUGCAGUUCGCUCGAGGCAUCGGAACACGAACACACACACACACACACAC